AUGGCCACCAACUCCUUCAUCACCUCUUCUGCCUACCACGGCCCCACCUGCACGCACCGCGACGAAGUCUACAACACAAUCUGCCACGCCUCCAUCCCACAAUCCUCAAAGCUCACACAUCUCCACACCCUCAUGACCACACCCCCCACUACCACCCUCCACUACGACCUACUUGCCAACGACUCCACCGACUACACUGGCUCCUGCACUACCUUCGAGGCGGCCGUAGCCCGUAGCGAUCACGACGUCGUAAAGUAUCUUAUCAAGGCAGGUGUGAACCCAGAUAUUUGUGCGACGGGCAUGCCGCCGCUGCAUAGGGCGAUAAGGAAUCUGGAUUCGAGGAUGGUGGGGUUGUUGGGGGAGUCAGGCCUGGCGCAUAUGAAUAUCAGAUAUGAAGGGACGACGCCGUUGAAGUUGGUUGCGAGGAUGAAGGUGCCGGAGGAGGCGACGGAACAGGAGAGGAAGGUGUGGAUCGAGAAGUUGACGGCGGUGAAGAGGUUUGUGGAUUAUUUUGUGGGGAGGAUGUAG